GCUUAACAUAUGCUCAUGACAGCUCCUCCUCUCUGACGUUCUCAUCUUUUCUUUCUUUCUUAUCUUCUUUCUUGGCUCUCUUUCCUCCCCCCCACCGAAACUCGUGCUGCUUCCUCCCUCUUUCCUUUCCUCUUUCCUUUUUCCUUUUUCCUUUCUCCGUGUCUCUUCUAUAUAUUGGCGUUCACUCCAGUCAAUUUGACACAAUUCAGCGUCUCCAGUCUUUCUUUUCGCGUGGGGGUCAAUCUGAGGGAAGCCCGACAACAGCUGGCCGAUCUUGAAAAGAGGGGAAGAUACGAGGGAAAGGAAGUUUGCUUCUUCCCAGCUGAGUUUGGUUCAAGGCAGUUCUUGGAGUCGCCUCCUCCCGCUAUGGAUUAUUCUUCCUGCAUUAGUACUUCUCUGGAUCUCAAUAUCAGGCCGCUCAGGCCUCAUGAUGAAGCUCCGAAGAGAGAGCCGCAAGAGACCGACUUUAUGGAUCUGGGUUUGAAUACAUCUGCCAAAGAAGAGACUGGUGCUUUGGUUGAGGAGCUCAAUAGGGUGAGUGCUGAGAACAAGAAGCUUACGCAGAUGCUGACUGUCAUGUGUGAGAACUACAACACAUUGAGAAGCCAGGUGAUGGAUUACAUGAGCAAGAAUGCUGAGAAGGAGCUCAGUCCCUCCAAGAAAAGGAAAUGCGAUAGCAACAACAACAUUGGCGAAAACAAUAACAACAUACUCGCAAAUGGUGCUUCCGAGAGCAGCUCGACAGAUGAAGACUCAUCUAAGAAACCGAGGGAGGAAAAGAUCACGGCUAAAAUCUCAAGGCUCUAUGUGAGGACCGAAGCAUCUGACACUGGCCUGAUUGUGAAAGAUGGGUAUCAGUGGAGGAAAUAUGGCCAAAAGGUGACCAGAGACAACCCAUGUCCUAGGGCUUACUUCAAGUGCUCUUUCGCUCCAAGCUGCCCAGUCAAGAAGAAGGUGCAAAGGAGUGUUGAGGACCAAGCUGUUCUGGUAGCUACAUAUGAAGGUGAACACAACCAUCCAACUCAGAUGGAGGAAACACAAGGCUCAAGCAGGUGCAUGGCCAUUGGAUCAGUGCCCUGCUCAACCUCACUCAACUCAUCUGGACCAACCAUCACUCUUGACCUCACCAAAUCGAAGUCCCCCAUCGUUUCCCCAAGCAGCAACAACAACAACGACAAUAACAACAACAACAACAACAAUAACAAUAACAACAGCAACAGCAACAGCAACAACAGCAACAAAAUCACCUUAAAACCCAAGACAGAGUCGCCUGAAAUCCAAAGGUUUCUGGUGGAGCAGAUGGCCUCAUCCCUCACGAAAGACCCCAGCUUCACUGCUGCCCUGGCUGCAGCCAUUUCAGGGAAGAUCUUCCACCAGAACCCUACCGGGAAAUGGUGAAAAAAUUGAGUAGGGGUUCAUUAGGUGUUGAUUUUGCUUUGUAAAUGGAUUGAAAGUGAAAGUCCUAAGAAAAAAAGAGAGGAAAAUUUUGUUCUGCCAAGUUGAAAGAUGCCAUUCAUGGUUUUGGAAGCAAGUUGCUCAAAUUGGACAGUCUAGUCAAAGCAGUCCAACUCAAGUGGUGGGCUGUUCGAGUCAUCUUCUUCCAAAACUUGUUGAAAGAGCUAGUCCUUUCUUUUUACUUUUGUCCCACGUAGCUUGCUUUUCUUGACUUCCUUGCGGGGCGAUUUGAGAAGGAAGGGGCUCUCUGACCGCUCCGGUGCAAUAAGAUUCGGAAAGCAACGUUCGUGGAAAAUGGGUGCAACUUCCAACUCAGCAGGAAAAUGCGAGUCUUUGGUCUUCUCUUUACCAAGAGUGAAGACGAGUGGUGGGAGUAUCCUCAUUUUCAUGUUUGUAGCUUAGAUAGGACAAGCACGAGAAGAGAAUAUCCUGUAAUAGGAAAAGGAAGAACAGAUAUUUUGUAGACAUUUACGGAUUUAUAGCUCCAGAAACCUUGUUACUGGACAUGGAAGCCGCUCAACAAAGCUGGAGCUAUUGCUCAACUCAGCGGGAAUAUACGGAUUCCAAGUAUGGUUUUCAACAA